CAACUUAUUUUCAUUGUGGAUUUUGCAUUAGUUCAGCUCUAGAUUAUAAAUCGGUGAAAACGUCAAAAUGUUUAAAACAUUAAUAUUCGGUUUAUACUUGUGUUAUAUUCUCAAUGAAAAGGAAAUCUUUGCAAAUCCCACACCUGAAAUCAUUUCACAAGAUGAUAACCUGGUGAUGAAAAAUAAGGAAAAAGGACAGAGAAACAAACGCUGUUUAGAUACCAUGUUCGAUAUUAUCUCAGACUUAUUCGGUUAUGAUGAUGAUUAUGAUUCUUCCGAUUCUGAUUCCGAUUAUGAUUCGAGCUAUGAGGAUUAUUAUAGAAGUGGCGAUAUUAAGAAGAGAAAUAAUGAUAAUUGUCGAGUUUGCAGUAUUAUUUACAAUCAAAUUACUCAAGAAGGACACAUUCAUCUGCCAUUAACCAACGAUAAAGAAGAAAAUAAGAAGGAAUCCAAUACCGGUUCUAUGAAAUCAAGCGAUCAAGCAAAGGAAAAGAUACCGGAUAAACCUGUAGCCACAAAUAAAACAGCUUCAGCUACAGUAACUAAGACUUCAGAUACCGUAACUGAAAGUUCAAAUCAAAGUGCUGCAGAUGCUACCAAAAAAGUAAUACCCCCUAAAGAAGAUGAAAAAUCAGAUGAUGUGACGACAACUGAAAAAAUUCCAGCCAAAAAAGAAGAUGAUAAAGAUAAAACUUCAGAUGAAGCGAAAAAAUCAGAAGCAGAUACAGAAAGUAAAAAAGUCCAAGAGGAUGUAACAACAACAACAACAGCCACUGAAAAAACCGAAUAAAUUUUUAAUAUUUUCGUUAUUUAACGAAAUUUUAUUUUUUAACAAAAAAACUGACAUUUUCAAUAAAUUAUGUGAAACCACUAUAUUCUGAAUUUUA